AUGGAGGAAGUCAAAGUUGAGAACGAUUUACGGCUCUGCGAGGUGAAGAGAGAGAAUCUCCGUCAAGCAAUGGGGAAGGUAAAGUCUCAGGCCACUGACUUGUUUGCCUUCAGUGUUCAGUGGGCUGAUUUAGAGGAGUAUCUCAAAUUCGCGGAAGAGAAUGUAGAGAAGAAGCUUAGGGUUUUAAAAUCGAAAGAGAUGGAUUUGGAGGAGAAAAGCUUCGAACUUGAAGAAAGGGUUAAACUUGUUGAAGCAGCGGAAGAUAAGGUUGGUGAUUUAGAGAUGAAAGCUGAUGGGUUUAUGAUGGAGAUUGAAGAAAAAGAGAAACAAUUGGGUUUUCUUAAGAAUCAGGUUGAGGUUUGUCAAGGCCAGUCCAAGGCAGAGGAAAUUAGACUUGCGCAGCUUAGGAAAUGGGUGGAAGAGUGUACGGUGGAGCAUAGGUCAAAGACAAGUCAACUUUAUGAGACUGUGGAGUUGUUGAGGAAGACUCAGGUUGAUGUUGAUUUGAACGGGGAAAAAUUGGGGAAGAUGGAGACUGAUCUUGAGAGAUAUCGUGUUGAGGCCAGUGCAGAGAUGGAGCACUUGGGUAGGAGUCAAACUCGGAGGAGAGAAUUAGAAGAGGAAAUUGAGAGAAGGACGAAUGAUCUCACGUCGGUUCUGGAGAAAACUGGAGAAUGUGAAAAGUUGAUUGAGACACGGUCCACUGAACUAAGAAAGACUCAGAGUGAGCUUGAAUUGAAAGGGAAACAAUUGGAACAUGUGAAUGUUGAUUUCAAGAGGCAUCGUGUUGAGGUCACUGCGGAGGAGGAACAUUUGCGAAGGACUCAAGAUCAGAGGAGAGUUCUGGAAGAGGAAAUAGAGAGGAGGAUGAAGGUUGUUACUGCUAUAGUUGAUAAAAUCGCUGAACGUGGCAAGCAGCUUGAAUUGGUGGAAAAGCAACUAGAUUCUCAGCAAAAGCUGCUUGAGACACAGUCCUCUGAACUUGUUUCUAAAGAGAAAGAGUUGGAAGGACUGAGAGAGGCGAAAAUAAGUUCCAUUCUGGAACAUGACUUGAGGGAACAGAUGGUCAAAUCACUAAAUAACGACAUGACGGAGACUUCUCAACAGAUGGAAUCAAAAGCAAAGGAGUUGGAGGACAUUGAAAGGGCGAUUGAAGAACGAAGUGCACAUUGCGAAUCAAUCAAGUUGUUGAUCGAGGAACACAGUGAAGAACUUGCUUCUAAAGAGAAGAGACAGAAUGAGAUGACUGAGGCUAUUCGUAAGUUAUCCUUGGAGAUUGUCUCUGAAGAGAAGACAUUGGAAAGAGCUAAAGUUUUCAUCCAGCAGCUCUCUGACAAACAACAUUCAAAAGAGAAAAAACUGCUUUCGACUGAAAGAGAUCUAGAAAGAUACAUUGAAGAGCUUGAUUCAGAGAAAAAGGAACUUCGCUCUGUGAAAAAUUCGUUAAAAGAGUGCCUCCAAAACCUGGAAACUAAAGAGAACAUGUUAAAGUCGUUACAAUCUGUCAUCAUUGAGAGAAAUAAACAAAUCGAGGAAAGAGAGAAGAAAAUGCAACAUUUGGAUAAAUCCAAUGAAGAACUUCUCAGACAACUCCAGGUGAAACAAGAACAGGUGUGUUCGAUCAACAACGCAAUCAGGGAAUGCUCAGGUGAAUUGGCAUCUAAGAGGAAACAGCGUGAUCAGGUUCAAAGCUCAAUUGGUGCCCUUACUGCGGAGCUCAAAUUAAAAGAAUGUGAUCUUAAUUCUGUCAAGAAAAAGAUUCAAGACAGCUUGAAAGAUUGCUCGGGUGAAUUGGAAUCUAAGAAGAAACAGCGUGAUCAAGUUCAAAGCUCAAUUACUGCCCUUACUGCUGAGCUCAAAUUAAAAGAAUGUGAUCUUAAUUCUGUCAAGAAAAAGAUUCAAGACAGCUUGAAAGACUUUCAGUCAAAAGAGGAGCAACAAGUCAAAUUAAAAGCUUCAUUAAUGGAACGUGAGCAAGAACUUCGACUGAAGGAGAAACAAUUUGAUGCUCGCUCGGAAAAGAUCAAACUGAAAGAGAAAGAGCUUGAUACUCGAGAGGAAAAUAUUGCUAAAAAAGAUCAGCAACUAAAAUCCACAGAACAGAAGUUGGCGAAAUGCGUUAAGGAUUAUGAGCUAAAAGCAAAGAAAUUGUCCAGCUUUUGUCAACAGAGCAACCCGGAUCAACAUGUUAACUUGGUCCGAGACGCUAAUGUAUGUGAUGAGAAAACUUUGCAGUUACUCUUACAAGGGCUUCUAAAGAAAUGUCCUCAGCUUCACCUUGAUGUUUCACGUGCUCUAAAAACAUCUUCUGACCCGGCAAAGCUGGUGUUAGACACAGUACAAGGGCUUUACUCCGCUGAUCAAAGGAUGGCAAUAUCAAAUCGUGAUCCAAAUGGUGUUAGAAGGAGUGUUAUAUGCUUGCUGGAUUGCUUAAUGGAUAUGUCACCAAAACCGAAGACUGAAAUACAAGAAGAAGCUAUCAAGUUUGCCAUUGAAUGGAAGACCACAACACUGGUUACGGCAGAGAAUCCAGUUGAGGUGUUGAGUUUUCUGCACUUUCUAGCUGCAUUCAGUUUGGCAUACACUUUUGAUGCUGACAAAAUCCAUAAUCUUUUUGAUGCUGCAUUUCUCUGCAAAUACGCUCCGAGUCUAUGCAAGGCUCUUGGAGUAUCAGCUCUAGCACCGGUCACCAAUGAGCAGCAGCCCCCUGAAGCACCAAUCAACAAUAGUAGUGAUUCCCGGUCCCUGGAAGUCCAAGAAAAGGCAGCAGUAUCUCAAUUGGCUAAUGAAGAUGUUCUCAGGGACCAUGAGGUCUUAGUUCCUUUUUCACCCAGUGAAGUCUCUAAUGGACUUCCGUUGAUUGAUGAUCCAGGCAUGUUUGUGCUAAAUUCUGUCAAGGAUGCACUCACGGGUUCUCAUCAGAGAGGGGAGUCAGGUUUAGCAGAGCCUAUAGUUAAGACUUUGAUUCCCCUAUUGGAGGAGCUGACACGUGUUAUAAGCUCUAUCGAUCCUGAUCUAAGGUUAGAUGCAACAAAAGUGGCAAAGCAAUGGAGCAGGAUGAUGGCAACUAGUUCUCAUGUGUCACCGCUCGAGGCUUUAAGUUUUCUGCAAUUCAUUGUCUCGUUUGAAUUAGUGGAUCUAACUGACAAAGAUGAAACUUUACGUUUUGCCUCGUAUGUUGCUCAUCUCAAACAGGCUCCAAAACUAUUCCAAUCACUUGGUCUCAGUUAUGCCAUUCCAAAUUUUGUUAAACAGCUCCUCAACGAACACCAGUAUAUUCAGGCAAUCCGGUUUAUGUUUUCGUUCAACCUGAACAACAAGUUUUCUACCCUGCAAUUGUUGAGGGAACAAAUCAUCAGUCUUAGACUCUCUGCCAAGGAAAAGAGAAGAUUUGAAUCACAGGCGGAAGACAGAGAUGCUGGAAUUCUAAGAGACAUAAUUGAACUCAUUGAUGACUUCAAGCUGGAAAUUGAUCUUCCUGUGGAUAUGAUCGUCAAGUUCAUGGUUCCUCGGGAAACUCAAAAUCAGAAUCAAUGUGUUGUCUCAUCGUCUGUCCCAAUUCAACCUCUGCAGAUGUUUCCACAAGUUCGUAUGCAAGCUUCACACACAGUCAUUCACAGCCCAUACCUUGCCACUCAUGGCUUAGACCAGCGACAUCCAACCAGGCUUGGUUUGUCUCGAAAUCAACAGAUCUUAGACGUGGAAGCAUAUCAGGCUAGUGGUUCAGCCGCGUUCCAAGGUCAGUCUUCACAACGGGUUGGUUAUAAACGUCCAAGAGUGGAUUCUCAAGGUCCUAGAUCCACGAUUAGACCUUGCUUGAAUCCAUCAGGCAGGGACAGAUUCUAG